AUGUUGUUGCGCCAAUUGUAUGCCACCUUGGCCAUUGCGGCCCUUUCUGAGGCUGCUCCAGCUCCAGUUAAGCAUGUUAUGCAUGAAAAACGCGAGCGGCACUCGUACGAUUGGGUCAAGGGUGACCGGGUCGAGGCUGAUGCUGUGUUACCUGUCCGGAUUGGACUGACGCAGAACAAUCUUGACAAAGGUUAUGACUAUCUGAUGGAGGUAUCUGACCCAGAAUCUCCGAAAUAUGGAAUUCAUUGGUCCCCUGAGCAGGUGCAUGACAUGUUCGCCCCUUCUGCAGAAGCAGUGGAUGCGGUGCGGGACUGGCUUCAUGAUGCGGGUAUUGACAAAUCUCGGGUCGUCCACUCGGACAACAAAGGCUGGCUGGCUUUCGACGCCUAUGCUCACGAGGCAGAAAAGUUAUUUUUGGCUAAAUUUUAUGAGCAUAAGCACAUCAGUACUGAUAGUGUCAAGAUUGGAUGUGACGAGUACCAUGUUCCAGCACAUCUUCAAGGACACGUCGAUUAUAUUACUCCGGGUGUGAAGCUGACCCCUGUUAUGAAGAAGCACACAAAGGCGAAGCGGGCAUCCCACUUGAAACAUGUGAAACCAAAUGCUCAAGCGGCUUCAUCCACCGAAAGCCACACGUCAAUUCCGGCCAAAGCAUUAUCACUUGCUUCAGAUCUGCAGGGAUGUGGCUACAACAUGACCCCGACCUGUAUCAAAGCUCUAUACGACAUCCCGGAUCCGACGAAAUCUGCGAAGGGCAACUCGCUCGGCCUCUAUGAACAAGGUGACUACUUUGCCAAGUCGGACUUGGAUCUUUUUUACAAGGAGUAUGCCCCAUGGGUUCCGCAGGGCACUUAUCCUAUCCCAGCGUUGAUCGAUGGAGCAAACUACUCCGUGCCUGCGUACAGCUCUCUCAACACCGGUGAAUCGGAUAUCGAUAUUGACAUGGUGUACGCAUUGAUCUACCCCCAAACAGUGACUCUGUACCAGGUCGAUGAUCAGCUCUACGAGCCGGAAGAAGUUGCGACCACCAACUUGUUCAACACUUUUCUUGAUGCUCUGGAUGGGUCAUAUUGUACCUAUAGUGCCUACGGUGAGACUGGCAACGAUCCGGAUAUUGAUCCAGUCUAUCCCGAUACUCGUGCCGGUGGCUACAAAGGCAAGCUUCAAUGUGGUGUUUACAAGCCCACGAACGUCAUCAGCGCUUCCUAUGGGCAAGCUGAGGCGGAUCUCCCUAUCAGCUAUACUAAGCGCCAGUGCAAUGAGUUCAUGAAGCUCGGUCUACAGGGUCACUCAAUUCUUUUUGCAUCCGGUGACUAUGGCGUUGCCUCUUUUGCCGGAGAUGGCUCUGAGAAUGGAUGCUUGGGUCCUGAGCAGAAGAUUUUCAACCCACAAUAUCCAUCGAACUGCCCUUAUGUGACCUCCGUGGGAGGUACCAUGAUCUACGAGGACCAGACAGUUGAGGACCCCGAGAGUGUCAUGCACGUCAACCUCGGCGGUACAGCCUCCAAUUUCAGCACUGCUGGUGGAUUUUCAAACUAUUUCCCUCAGCCCAAGUACCAAAAGGAUGCCGUCAAGAAGUACUUCGAGAAGGCUGAUCUGACUUAUCCCUACUACUCGGAGUUCAGCGUCGACGUCAAUACAACCAAGGGACUAUACAACCGCAUCGGACGGGCGUACCCUGAUGUCGCGGCUAAUGGGGCGAGAUUCCGUGCGUACACCGACGGCUAUGAUUAUCACUAUUAUGGGUCGAGUCUUGCUUCACCGCUGUUUGCCUCAGUACUCAACUUGAUCAACGAGGAGCGCCUUGCAGCUGGAAAGGGCACAGUCGGCUUCGUAAACCCUGUCCUGUAUGCCCACUCUGAUGUCCUCAAUGAUAUCACCAACGGUACGAAUGCUGGCUGCGGCACAUAUGGAUUCAGCGCUAUCGCAGGUUGGGAUCCGGCAACCGGCCUCGGUACCCCCAACUACCCCAAGAUGAAGAAGCUGUUCUUGUCUUUGCCGUAA